UAAAUUGCCUUUUUACCUAGCUGUAUGCUCGGUAACCUGGAAAGUUUUGUUCAGCUAGACGUUCAGAAUACACAUUUGUGUGCGUUCAUGGUGACAGAACUACAAAAUUAAUAUUUAAUUCAAAACCUAAACCUAUGUCCGGUCGUUUGGUAGCUUUUCCAGUAAAACAACGGUAACGUUAAGUAACUAGCCACCUUCUGAUACAGCCAGCAUCUUUGUUUACAUUUUAGCGAGCGUAGCUGUGCUAGCUAGUUUGCUAUGAUCUACUGUGUUAAUGUAACGUUAAUGUUUAAAACGUAAUGGUGUAAUGUUAUUGGUGAGUUAGAUGUCCGUGUUCCCGGACAUCCAUUCAACAUUUAAACACGUUGGAAAUGUUGAUUGAGUAACUUAAAGCAAACUUCAGCAAAUCAACAAGUUGUUGAUUAAGUUAGCUGAAGUCACCAUGCACGUUACUCAUCGUUAGGCUAAUGUUUGCGAACGAAAGGAGUUUAACCGAAGAUGUGCUCAGUUUGAAGAAUCUGCUUCGACUGACGGAUCUCAGCUUGCAAAGUGUGGGACAGAAACUUAGUCUGUCAGAAGGACAUAAUGACAGGAUCGAGAGUCAGCAGAAGGGUCCUGAUCGCCUGACCUUACAGGAACUGCAGACACCUGAUGUUCCUACAUCCCAGUCAGGCUGUGUUUGUCAGGAGAGGCCUCUCAGUGGGACGGCUGAUAGACGUGCUUUUGCUGGUAGUCUUAGCCCACCCUCCUCCAACUCUGGGUCAAUCAAGGCCAGGUCAGUAAAGAUGGAGUCUGUUUCUUCAAGGAAGAAGGCGAGCUGUGUGCGUCAGGAGAACGCCUGUCUGACCACGCAGGAUGAGCAGUUCAUCAGUGACCUUGAUGCAAUGCAGUAUGAUUUGGCCACCUACAAGUCACAGGUUGGACUCAGAGGUCCCAGGAUUGGGGUUAGAAACAAUGUGGCAGUCAUGAGUGAGCAGAUCCGUCAGCUUCAAGCAGAGCUGGAGGCUCAAGCCAAAGAACUAACGGAAGCAGAGCUGAGGGCAGAGUGUAGCCAGGAAGCAGCAGCUCACAGUGACAUUGUGGUGGCGACUCUGACUGAGGAGCUGAGCGCUCUCAGAGAAGAGCUAGACAACAAGACAUCACUGGGCAAACGGGCUGAGCAACAAAGGAACCAAGCUCUUCAAAAUGCAGAGAAACUCAAAGAAGCCUUCAAAGAUUAUAAGGCUACCAUUUCCAUUAAACUUAAGAGGGUGAUGGAGAGUGAGUGCAAACUGAAAGAGAGUCUUAUUGAGUGUGACAGAGAAAAAGAAGAGUUGGAAACAAAGUGUACUGUGUUGGAGAGAGGAAAGGUAGAACAGAGCCACACAAUUAGCCAACUGAAGGAGGAGGUAAAGCAGGCCAAGUGUGCGGCUGCUGCCCUUCAGGCUCAGCUGGAGGAGGCCAGACAAAAGGCCUUACAUCUGGAACAGCAGCUGAUGGAGCAGGGAGUGGAGUGCAGGGAGCUGGCCUCUCUGCGCAAGGAGCUGGAAGAUAUGCGGAACCUAAUGCAGAGCAAGGAGCUGAGGGUGGCCCAGAGCCACAGGGAGGCUCAGCAGAGCCAGGCGGAGCUGGCCAGCCUGGAGGCCAUACUGGCCCUGCUGCAUCUACGAGAGGGUAGUGUUGGGCCGCUGUGUGUCAGGCCCUGCAAGUUGCCCCCAGUGGACUAUUCAGGAGCAGCACACCUACUGAAGCUAAAGCCAGGUGAAGGCUACCAGCAGCUGCUGCGAGUGCUGCAGUCGAUGGAGGCUGAGAGGACCAAACAGAACAGCCUGGUCGAGCGGCUUCAGGAGCGUCUGAGCAGAGCCCAGGAGGAGAUCUCCUCCCUGCAGAGCUCCAUGGCCCAGAGAGCCUCCCACUACCAGAGCCUCCACUCGGAGCUGCUUGGCAAAGUCAGCCAAGCCACUGAUACAGAGAAAGAGUUAAAAAGAAAAAGUGCACGUGUGGCUUCCCUGGAAAAACAGUUACAGGAGAAAACCUCAGCCUACGGUCAGGCUGCACUGAAAAACACUGAGCUGGAGAAUCAGCUGCUGGAGAAAGCCAGCACCCUUCAGCAUUACCAGUCACUUAUGACCAAAAAGCAAAGAGAGUACCAGCAGUCUCUGGAAAAGUGUAAAAAGUCUCAAUCUCAACAAUUCACAGAGCAACAGCACAGGAUAGAAAUGUUGCAGUUGUCUGUGGAGGAGGCUCAGUCUCGGGUGUUUGAGAUGGAGCAGGAGCUGAGCUCACUCCAGAAGGAGCGAGACGAGGCUCAGAAAGCAGCUCUCCUGCUACAGAGCUCUGUGGAACAACUCACACAGCAGAAGCAGGUUGAAGUAAGACACAGUGAGGAGCUGCUGCAGAGUUUCAAAGAGCAGGCGGCUCAGUCUGCCAGCAAGGUGUGUGAACUACAGUCGACUCUGUCGGCGUGUAGAGAGGAGCUGAACGCAUACCUGCAGCAGAUGGAGGAGGUGAAGAAGAACUCUGAGAGUGAGCUGCAGAAGUACAAUGACAAGGUGUCCUCUCUGCAGGAGAAGCUCCACCGUGCCGGCCUGGUUUGUCAGAGCUCCAGUGAGCAGAACCUGCAGCUGCAGCUUUCUCUCCAGCAGCAGCAGACCAUGCUGACUGAGAGCGCUGCUCACAUCUCUGAGCUGGAGGAGAGUCAGAGCCAGCUACAGGCACAGGUAUCCAGUCUGGAGCAGCAGCUGGAACGAGCCCGGGCCUCUCUGCAGGAUGAGGUAAGGAAGAGAGAGCAGGAUGACCAGGAGAAAGAUAAGGACCUGCUGGAGAUCAGCCAGCAGAACACAAAACUCUCCGAGUCUGUCAGCCAUCUGACAUCAGAGAUGACAAAGUGUCGAGGGGAGCUGCUGUCUAAAGAGUCGGAGUUGCAGCGUCUGAAGAGGGAUGUCGCGGUCAAGGCUUCUCAGCUCGGCCGCAUGGAGGAAAGCCUGCAACACACAAAGAGCCAGCUCGACGGCAAAACUGACAUGGUGGUGGAUCUGGAAGAGAAGCUCCAUCGCUGUGAGGCCGACAAGCUCAACUGUGUCCAGCAGGUCCAGAUCCUGGAGGGACAGCUUCAGAUGGUGCGGGGAGAGUUGGGUGACACUCUGAAGCAACUACAAGAACUCAGGGAUGUUCUGCAAAGAACCCAAACCAUCGCGGAUGAGCGGCAUGCCUCGAUGGAGAAACUGACUGUCCAACUUAGUGAGACCCAGAGGGAGUUGGAGGAGAGGACUCACGAGGUCUUAGACAUGGACAGUGCGCUGAAAGAAAGACAGGGGGAGCUCCAGCAGAGAGCACAGCUGCUGGGUCAGCUGGAGGUGGCCAUCAGAGAGCACAAGCAGGAGAUGGAGAGGAAGGUGGAGUCCCUGCAGCAGAGCUUGGAAGCCAGAGAGAGAGAACUGAGGGACACACAGAGGGAGCUCACAGACAGAAACACGAAGGAGUCUCAGGAGCUCGGCCAGCAGCUGCACAUGUCACAGCAGAAACUUCAGAAUUCACUAAAAGAGCUUGAAGAAACUCACCGUCACUGUGAGGCUUUAACCAGAGAGUUGGACGCCACCAAGCUGCACACAAAAAAGCAGGAGGUCCAGCUGUGUGGCAUGGAGGAGGAGCUGGCACUGAAGGAGGCACGCUGGCUGCAGUUGGAGGCCGGGCUGCAGAGCACCAUCAGCUCUUUAGAGCAGGAGCUGGACCUGGAGAGAGAGCAGCACAGCAAGGAGCUGGAGGCCCUUCAGCAGACUCGAGGCCAGCUCCUCAAAGUCUCUGAGCAGAUCUCCUCCAGCAUGCGCUCGUCCCAGGAGCAGCUUGCCGCUAAACUUCAGCAGAGCCAGCACCAGCUGGAGCAGGUCAGGGCCCAGUGCGAUCACACCAAAAGCCAGCUGGAGCAAACUAAGACUGAGUUGGCUUGCACCCAGGACCAAGCCAGUCACCUCCAGACACAGAGAGACCAGACUCAAACCCAGCUCCUUCAGAGUAAAGCCCAGCUGGAGCAAAGCAGGAUUCUGUAUGAACAGACCAGAGCACAGAACAGUCACCUCCACGCCCAACUGGAGCAGCUCAGUGCCCAGUUAAAUCAAGCCAGAGUCCAGGUCGCCCAGCUCCAAACUCAGCUCCAGGCCUUUGAGAAGUCCAUGGAGACCUCCAGCGAGUCCCUGCUCAUCAAGGAGUCUGAGGUGACCCGUCUCAAAGCCCGGAUCUCCAGUCUGGAGCGAGCUGCUGACCGCCAGCAUCUGUGCGACAACACGCUCUCCCUUCCUGCUCUGGACCAAUUCACGCACUCAGAGCACUCCUUCUACCCUCACUCCCCUCCUUCCUCCCCCAGAAAUCCUCAGACAGCUGCUGCCCCCUCUUCUAAACAGGCACACUCGACUCGCCUCCUCUCCCCAACACACACUCGAACUUGCUCCUCACCCCCUGCUGACGCAUACCUUCAGCCCACCUCGGCCCCUCAUCUAUCACACCAAACUGAGAGCCACCAAACUUGCGAUUGGCUGCAGAGCAACAGUCUCGACUCCUCCCUGGAUCUCCCUGUGAGCCUGAAGGCCACUCUGAGGGAGGCUUUGAGCAAGCAGCCGUGGGAGUCCUCCUCCCCCUCCGUCUCCUCUUUCCCGGACACGGUGGACCACAGCUGGCAGGGCCUCAGCGCCACGGAGGCCACAGCAACCUCUGACCUCUCCUUCAACCCCCUGACGUACAUGGCAGACAAGCAAGACGACCUCCACAUGGAGGCUACCUCGAUGCAAGAGGGGGACGACGAGCAGACGAGUGAGUCGAGGAGGGACUCUGUGUGCACCCUAGUGGAUCAAGAGGUGGAUAUGAGUUCACUGACGGGGAUGCUGAGGUUUGUUAAUCAGACGUUAGCCAUGCAGCAGGACCCUUCUUUGUGGAGCUCCACGGGAUUAUCAGAGACGGGACGCAGCCUCACACUCCAGAGGGACGUUAAGGAGACAUGAAGCUAUUUUGCCAUGGAGACAUCAGAGAGGAGGAGAGCUGUUUACAUUGGCAUCAGUCUUGUGUGUCAGAGUACCUGUAAUACAGUCCUACAUUAAUUAACAUCUCUCCCUGAGUCCGUCCCUUUGGUGUAUGUUAUUGAAAUCAAGCUGCAACAUUGUCUGUCAGGUAGAUGAUGGUGACCACUACAUUCCAGGCUGUAAAUGAUGUUUUGCAUUUUAUGUUGUCUUUUCCUAACUGAUAUUUAUAUAUUUGUACACUAUUUUAAAUAAGCUAAGUGAAUAAAAUGUUUUUUUGUAUAAGUAUUUGUUCCUUUUAA